UUCAGUCGGGUUCAAUGGAUAUGUUGGAUGUAGAGUCGACCGACACUGGGGCUGCGAAACGACAAGUAUCUGUAUUGUUAUUGCAUAUUAUCUUCGAAAACUUUGGAUCUGAACGGUUCAAUUAUUUUUUCGAAACUUCCGAUUUAAAUCUGUGUGCGAUAUGACUAGCUAACGGAACCUACAAGAUUCAUUUCCAGUAUGUGGAAUAGCGAUAGGUACUUCGUCAUUGCCUGGAAGGGAACGCCUGGUUAAGGGUAACAGUACUAGAAAGAUUAGUCUUUGCUUCAUAGCGUUUUAUCUUCCUGGCAACUUUUCAAAAAUGCACAGAAGGUUGCUUCUACGGAUUUUCCACAUCACCUCUGUGUUGGUGUUACUGUACGAUCUUGGCGACUGCAUCAAAAGUACAGCCUCUGAGCAGACCUCCCGCCUCUCUGCCUAUGAGGUCACUGUGCCCAGACGCAUCAGCAGACAGAGGAGAGACCUAGAUGACCAGGGAAAAGAAAAGGUGUCCUAUGUUAUCCAAGCCCAGGGAGAGGAGCACGUCUUGGUCUUGGAGAAAAACGAGUUGUUGCUUCCGGCUGACUUCACUGUGUUCACAUAUGACAAAGAUGGCUCUCUCAUCACACAGAAACCCAACAUGCAGAAUCACUGCCACUACAGAGGCUAUGUGGAGGACAUAGAGGGCUCUUCUGCAUCACUCAGCCUGUGUUCAGGACUCAAUGGGCGUCUAGUCAUGGGCAGUUCGUCCUAUGGCAUCGAGCCCCUGGAGGGGUCUGAGGAGUUUGAGCACGUGGUGUACCGUGUGGAAGACCAGGACAUGGGGCCGCUGGGCUGCGGGACCACGCAUGACCACGUCCGCGAACACAACGACACCUCUGACGCUGAUGCUGAUGCUGACACAGACGCCGCCAACCCUGAUCAGAUCAUUGGCCACUCACCCAGCGAUGUGUUUGGGGAGACGGUCAGCCAUUUAAUCAGGAACAAGCGAGCCAUCAUGCUGCAGACUCACUAUGUGGAGCUGAUGCUGGUGGUGGAUGUGGAGAGAUUUAAUUAUAAUAACAGGAACGACACCUAUGUUCGAGAGGAGAUGGUCCAACUCGCCAACCACCUUGACAGUAUGUAUCAGCAGUUGAAUAUCCGUGUGGUGCUGGUGGGUCUGGAGAUCUGGACCCAGGCCAACCCUAUCAGCCUGGACGGCAGUGCGGGGGACGUGCUGGGACGCUUCGUGGACUGGAGGAAGAAGGAGCUGCUGCCACGUAUACGCCACGACAGUGCACAGCUCAUACUUAAAAAGGGUUUCGGGGCUACAGUGGGCAUGGCCUUCAUCAGUGCUGUGUGUUCCAGUAACCAUGGAGGGGGCAUCAACUCAUUUUCCAACCACCAGGUGGCGCCCUUUGCCUCGAUCGUAGCUCACGAGCUGGGCCACAACCUGGGCAUGAACCAUGACGAUGAUCGCCAGUGUAACUGUCCAGCCAAGAGCUGCAUCAUGGGCUCCGGAGCCAGUGGUGCCACCAACUUCAGCAGCUGCAGUGCGGAUGACUUUGAGAAGAUGACUCUGCGUAUGGGCCGCAGCUGCCUGCUGAACGUGCCGCGUCCGGACGAGGCCUACACCACCCCCUACUGCGGAAACAAGCUGGUGGACCUGGGAGAGGAGUGUGACUGCGGCUCCGAACAGGAGUGCCAGAAGGACCCCUGCUGUGAGCCCAAGACGUGUAAGCUCAGGUCCUGGGCCCAGUGUGCCUAUGGAGAGUGCUGCAAGAACUGCAAGUUCCUGCCGGGUGGCUACGAGUGUCGUUCCCGUUCAGAUGAGUGCGACCUCCCCGAGUACUGCAAUGGCUCCUCCCCCGUGUGCCAGCAGGACGUCUACGUGCAGAACGGGCACCUGUGCCGCAACGGCAAAGCCUACUGCUACAACGGCCAAUGCCAACACUACGAGGGGCAGUGCCAGGCCCUGUUUGGACCAAAGGCAAAGUCAGCUCCAGACGCUUGUUUCGAGUUUGUCAACUCUAAAGGCGACCGCUUUGGAAACUGUGGCUACCACGACAGAGGUUACAGAAGAUGUGAGACCAGGAACGCCAAGUGUGGCAAGCUGCAGUGUGAGAACGUGAACUCGGGCACGGUGUUUGGCAUCAACCCGUCCUUCAUCCAGACGCCCAUUGGCAGUACCAAGUGCUGGGGGGUGGACUUCAUGCUCGGGCCCGACGUUCCUGACCCGGGCAUGGUGGGCGAGGGCACCAAGUGUGGCGAGAACAAGGUUUGCUUGAACUACGAGUGCAAAGAUGCUGCAGAGCUGAACUAUGACUGUAACAUGGAGACCAAAUGCCAUGGUCAUGGGGUCUGCAACAGCAAUAAGAACUGCCACUGUGAGUAUGGCUGGGCGCCUCCAUUCUGCGCAGAUCAGGGCUACGGGGGCAGCACGGACAGUGGCCCCACAUGGGACGAUAAGGACACGUCCACGAGGGACGGCCUGCUGGUCUUCUUCUUCCUGGUGCUGCCCCUGCUGCUGCUGGGCCUCUACGUCUUCUUCAGACGCAACGAGCUGCGACAACGCUUCCGCCGCAGGAAACGCUCGAGGGGCUACGAGGCUGAGCCAGUGCCGCAGGACAACAACCGUGCCCCUCCCCCCCAGAGACCAAACCCAAACAUAGUCAAAAACGGGCACCAAGCUCAGUUAUUGCCACCAGAAGAGGUCGUCCAGACGAGUAGGACCACCUCUGCACCAGCGUAUGCUCCGAGACCACCUCGGCCUCCUGUCAAGCCCUCUCCUGCUGCAGCUAACCUAGUGCCUCAGAGACCUCCUCCUCCACCCCCUGUAUAGCCACACCAACGCCAAUGCCACGCCACGCCACUGCAGAGGACCACACUGCAUCAUGGGAACUCGUGCUGUCCAAAAACAGUGCUUCAGGACAUGGGAGGAGUUUUUUUUAGAGUGAUCUCUCUUCCUCCAGUGGCCUCCUCAUGCUGGCCCCAGACCCCCAUCCUCUGACACUCCUCCAAGGCCUACUGCACAGUACCUUCCAGCAAGAAGUAGUGUCACAAAAGGCUUUCAGGGUUAAACGCUCACCCCGUCCCACCGGAAUCACAACGCUGUCACUUUAACCAGUACAAACCUCCUCGCAGCAGCAUGACGACUCUGAGCACACAUGAUGGCCGAGCCACAUGAUGAACCCUCGUCCAAUGAGGUGGCCUCUGGCCGGGACAAGACUCUACCUACAGUCACUAUGGCGAAACAUGCAGAUUGUUUUCAUUAUUGUUUUUGUUUUUUAAAAAAUGUGUUUAUUAUUAUUAUGGGCAACACAGGACCACUAUUACCGAUUGCACUUCACCAGGCUCUGUUCUCGCAAUAGGAAUGUACAGAAACAACAUAAACGACAAAAAAAGAAUAUAUAAGCCAUGCGAUUGAGAUUGAGCAGGGCAUGUUGGCAUACGUAUGGAUAGGUCUUGAAUUGUCUUUACUGUUUGUCGUCGUGAUGAUGAGCACUGCUUUGUUUUUGUUUUAUGAUGAGCCUCUCUAAUCCUUGUGUGGAAUGUGAUUUCGGCACCUGCUGGUGGACUGCAGACUUCUUUGUUAUUUCAAGAUACUAGUUUUCCACGUGAACCGAUAU